AUGAGAAAAAUAACUUCAACUACAUGCUUUAUAUUCGCCUAUCUUUCCAGAGAGGAAAAUAAAGAGAUUCAUGCUUUUAAUCUCAGCAAAGCAACAGAAGAUAAUAUUAAGGAGUUCUUGAGAAGUUUUGCAGAUAACCUAGAAUUCUGCAUUUAUUUGAGUUUGUAUCAGAAAUCAGGAUUGAAAUCACCACGAAUUCUUAGAAAAGAAUAUGAGGACAAAAAUGAGUAAAUUGUUCAUAAUUGCCAAAUUGCAUACAAAUUUCCUAUAUAUGGUUUUAGUACAGACAAGAAGCCCUUCAUUAGAAUAGAGUUCUAUGAUGCAAGGCAUAUAAAAAGAUGCUCAAACAUGCUUCAUUCAGGGGUAUUAUAUGGGUAACCACUUUAGCCUUAUGAAGCUCAUCUCUCUUAUUUCAUGCAUUUCUUUGGUGACUAUCACUUGAGUGGAAUGGAUUUCAUCAAAGUCAUUGAUUUCUAUUUAAAAUGGUUCUGA